AUGACGCGUCUCACUCCGAUUUUACUGAGCGCCUUGCUCUCUGCUCUCACCACCUCCGUCGGCGCCAAGUCCAAGGGCGACCAGGUCCGCCUGUACCAGUGGACCAGCGACAAAUGCAACGACAUGCCCAAGGGCGGAAAUAUCGACGUCAAGCGGAAUGAAUGCGUCAAUAUCGAGGGCCGGAGCUUCAGACCCAAGAUCGACACGAAGCGUCAGAAAUGGCUGGACGAAGUCAAUGACGGCAACCUCCACACAUCAACCUACACGAGUACCUCCACUGCUACAUCCUGGUCGAUCGGCUCUGAUGACCAGGUCACUCCGGUGACUCACACGUCGACCCUCUACUCGACCUCCACGAUUUCGAAGGUUGCUUCCGCUUCAAUGGACAUUUCUGCCCGUGCUGCAGAAGUUCGCAAGAAGGAGAACGUGGUCAGUGUGUGGAUGAAGCAUCCCUGGAGCGGCUCGACUGUCUGCUACGAGUGCUACACCAAGAAGAGCAACGAUUUGGGCUGGGUAAAGUGCAAGGCCCGACUCAAUGAGGCUCACAUGUGCGGACCACGCCCUGAUGAGAACCCCGGCGACAAGCCAGCCACCACGACCACCACCGCUACCACUUCGACAACCACCACGGUCACACAGAGCACCUUGCGACCUGGUACCCAGAUUGAAACAACCACCGUCAAGGCUCCUGGCGCACAACCGUCCCUACAGGCUCGUUCGUGGCAUAAGAAGGUUGCCUUCCGUUCACCUUGGCAGAAGGACCAACGCUACUGCGCAGAUGCCGAGUGGGAGAAGCGCGGCAAGCCCAACACUGAGAUUCGCCUGCAGAAGGUGCACCUUGCCAAAUCAAAGGAUGACUGCGCAUCCAAUGAGUCGAUCGAUCUGCCUCAGGCUCCCGAGCCCAUCCUCGAGACCGCUACAGGCACUGAUAUCUUGACCGACACUGUCACUGCAACCGGGUACACAGCCAAGGCUACAGUGACCAAGACUAUUUACACUGCGAUAGUCGUCUCAACCGUCACGGUAUCUGAAGCGGAGGGCGCCGCCACGCCAUCCACGACAUACUGGCCCACUCAGUUCACUCUUACGACGCUUACCUCAACUUCAUUCACCAUCACGACCCUCGUCCCCCAGGAAACUGUCGCGACCAAGUACAUGGGCGCUGCUCUUGCGGAUGACCGGGCUGAUGUUCCAGUCCACCGGGACCUUGGACGUAAGGCUGAAGCACGAGUCUGUCCACGCCAAGACCUCGAAUUCCAUGACUCGCCCAUCAAAAAAGAUCGUGACCUUCCAACCUCAACUCCAAUCCUGCACCGCAACACACACCAUGCGUGCCACCAAAUGUCCUUCAUCCCCCGCCAUGCCUUCCCACCGCUCCUAUCGCUCCCGCGCUCCUACUUCCUGGGCCACCACAAGUCCGGGCUCGCUAAAAUGAAAACCCUCCUCUCGUCUAUCGACCUCGUCAUUGAAUGCCGCGAUUACCGCGUCCCACUCACAUCUCGCAACCCUUUAUUCGAACAGGCACUUGAAGGGAAAGAGAGGCUGCUUGUAUACACAAAGCGCGACUUAGGAGGCGGGAAUAGGGAUGGCGCAGAGAGCAUCGUCAAAGGGUGGUACGAGAAAGAAGGCCUCGCCGGUACCAAAGUCAUGUUCGUCCGCAACGGCAAGGAAGAAGCUGGGAGUAAGAAGAGCGUGAUGAGAGUGCUGGAAGAGCUGAAAGAGCAUGCGUCCAAGCAGUGGAAACUCGUCGGCCACCGCGUCAUGAUCGUGGGUAUGCCGAAUGUCGGCAAAUCCACACUCUUGAAUGCCCUCCGCGCCCAGGGUAUUGGCAAGGGCAAAGUCGCGCAGACGGGUGCGCAGCCGGGCGUUACGCGGAAAGUUAGCAGUGGCGUUAAGAUUGUGCCGAGCGAGGAUGAAGGGGGUGUGGGGGGCGGGGUUUAUUUGCUGGAUACCCCCGGUGUGUUCAUUCCGUAUGUGCCGGAUGCGCAUGCGAUGAUGAAACUCGCGCUUUGCGGAAGUGUGAAAGACACGAUUAUACCGCCGGUUAUGCUGGCUGAUUACCUCUUGUAUCACAUCAACCUCCACAGUCCUCAACUCUACGGCGAGUACAGCAGUCCGACAAACGACGUUAUGGAGUUACUACGGGGCAUCGCCGAGAAGACGGGUCGGUUGGGCAAAGGAGGCGUUAUUGACACGGAGGCGACGAGCUUGUGGAUCAUUCAAAGGUGGAGGCGCGGAGAGAUGGGUAAAUUUGGGCUGGAUGAGGUGGAUGAGGCGAGUUUGGAGGCGAAGAAGGUGGAGGAGGCAGGUGGCGAGGAGGGGGGAGAGGGAGAGGAGAAGGGUGCGGAAUAG